AUGUACGUCUGUCUGUCUGCUCUUGUUCAUUUUUUUUUUAUCGACAGGCACGUCUUAUUCUCACUGUCGCUUUUUAUCUAUCUUAAUCUUUUCAUAUCUAUCUAUCUAUCUAUCUAUCUAUCUAUCUAUCUAUCUAUCUCAGUCUGUUCAUAUCUAUCGAUCUAUAUAUCUAUCUCAUCUGUUCAUAUCUAUCUAUCUAUCUAUCUAUCUAUCUAUCUAUCUAUCUAUCUCAGUCUGUUCAUAUCUAUCUAUCUAUAUAUCUAUCUCAUCUGUUCAUAUCUAUCUAUCUAUCUAUCUAUCUAUCUAUCUAUCUAUCUAUCUAUCUAUCUAUCUCAGUCUGUUCAUAUCUUCUAUCUAUCUAUCUAUCUAUCUAUCUAUCUAUCUCAGUCUGUUCAUUAUCUAUCUAUCUAUCUAUCUAUCUAUCUAUCUAUAUAUAUAUAUAUAUAUAUAUAUAUAUAUAUAUCAGUCUGUUCAUUAUCUAUCUAUCUAUCUAUCUAUAUAUAUAUAUAUAUAUAUAUAUAUAUAUAUAUAUAUAUCUGUUCAUAUUCAUCUAUCUAUCAUUCAUUAUCUAUCUAUCUAUCUAUCUCAGUCUGUUCAUAUCUAUCUAUCUAUCAUUCUAUCUAUCUAUCUAUCUAUCUAUCUCAUCUGUUCAUAUCUUCAUCUAUCUAUCUAUCUAUCUAUCUAUCUAUCUAUCUAUCUAUCUCAGUCUGUUCAUAUUCAUCUAUCUAUCUAUCUAUUCAUCUAUUCAUUCAUCUAUCAUUCUAUCGAUCUAUCGAUCUAUCUCAGCGUAGCGAGUCGCUGAACAGUCAAACGGGUGUCUUCCCUGUGCCGUCGUUCUGCCAAGCCUGCUGUGUCUCUCAGUGUGUCUUUCCAGGGUACUGGUUAGUUUUAUUAUAG